GUUGAAGUUCAUGCGUCGCUGGCGACGAGCGCGUCUGCAACGGUGACAACAAAAGCGCCGUACAAAAAAAAAAACCCACGCCUCGCUAAUGAUCGCGACAACACGCAAACGCGUAAAUCUAAUAAUAUUGCAAAAGUAUUCAAUAAAAGUAUAUCGCCAAAGGCGAUAAUAAGCGUCAAGGAAAACACGGAGAAAAAUAUAAUAACAAUAACAAAUACAUGAAAAGGAACACAAUUAAAUAACUUACCAAAAUAAAAUAAAAAAAAAAUAUACAGCGAAUUCACGCCGUGACAAAUUUUACACUAUAAAUGAAAAGCUAUUAAAAUCGCAUUUCCUGAUAAAAAAAAAACACAUACACACAGAAAUAAAAACAAUCAUAAUAAUGGUACAUUAAAAAACACGUCAUUAACGGUGUAAGCACGCGGCGAAACUAUACGAAGUACAGAAACAAAAACACAACAUAAACAAAAGCAAUGUAAAUAACUGUGUAAAUUGAACCAAAAUCACGUGAGAGGUGCGAACUGAGCGGCGCAAACAACUCAAUUUACAUAUUGCUUUUUAUCUCUACUACUCGUUGCUCCAGCUGAUAACGGCUUAAUCGCCCGCUCGUUCAUUUGCUCAAGAGAGCUGCACUAUACGAUAUAUAUAUAAACACGCAGCCAAACACGCGACUCGCUGAAGCAGCCUAUGCCGUUCGCCGGAGUACCCCUAAUGACAAUAAUGAUGUGCAGGAUGACAAUGUACUAUAGCUGGAGGAUGACAAGCGCCCACUAAUUAUGAUAAAUGCCACGUAGAUAAGCGAUCCGAAAGCACAAAGAACCAAAAGCUCAAAUCAAAUACACAUACACGCACACCAUAAACUCGAAGAAAACAGAAAAAAAAAAAAGAAAAUGUCAAAAUAUCAAAAACUCGACAACGCGCUGGCACCCACAAUGCACGAUGAUGAUUACGAUGAGAGUUUCUCACUUUACGCCGAUGAUAAUCAACAGCAACAGCAGCUGCAACAGCUGCAGCACAAUACUGACAGCAACCAUUUAAGACUGAACAGCACUCAUAUGCCAAAUGGUAAUCCCAAAUACCACAACAACAACAACAACAACAACAAUAACAACAACAGCAACAACAACAACAUGGAUUCAUUGAGAAGAGCAAGAGCUGAUGCUUCGGAGCUGGAGGAGCACACCUGGGAGGUUCCACUGUUGCGCAGCGGCAGCAGCAAUAAUAGUCGCACCAAUUUGCACUUGGAACCGAGCGCCGACACUUUUGUCGCCUGCCACAGCGGGCAGCCGGGCUUUGGCGCGAACCUUAAAAGCAAAUCGGCGCAGGAGGCGAAAUUUAAAAUUCUGCUUGCAAUUUCGCUCUGUUGCAUAUUCAUGAUCAUUGAAUUCCUUGGCGGUUAUAUAGCCGGCAGUCUGGCCAUUAUGGCCGAUGCCGCGCAUUUGGCAUCUGAUUGCAUUAGUUUUGUCAUCGGGCUGGUGGCCAUCUGGCUGGGCGGACGGCCGCCGGACUCACGCAUGUCCUUUGGCUACAAACGCUUCGAGGUCCUCGGUGCCUUGGCCUCCAUUCUGGGCAUUUGGCUGCUGACAGCGAUGCUCGUUAUUGUUGCCAUCGAUCGCAUCUACUCACAGAACUUUGAACUCGAUGUCAAUGUCAUGAUGUGCAUAUCGGCCAUUGGCAUUGCCAUUAAUAUCAUCAUGAUGUUCGUAUUGCAUGGCACCUGGUUUAUGGGCCCCAAUGGCCAUGGGCAUGGCCACAGCCACAGCCACAGUCAUAGCCAUAGCCAUAGCCAUAGCCAUAGUCACAGUCAUGGACACAGUCAUGGAUAUGGACAUGAACAUGGGCUGGGCCACGCCCAGCCAAUAACAAUCAGCGCCAGCGACGAGCCUCAUAAUGUAGUUAUAACAAACGGCUUAAAGCCAAUCCAACAAAACGGCACGGAACGCAAUCUGAAUCUGCGCGCAGCGAUGAUUCAUGUGAUUGGGGAUCUGGUGCAGAGCAUUGGCGUCUUUCUGGCGGCUAUUCUAAUCAAAUUCUAUCCCAGCGCCAAGUACGUGGAUCCAUUGUGCACGUUGCUCUUCUCGGUAAUUGUGAUUAUGACCACGGUGCAGCUGUUCCGGGAAUCUGUCUCCAUACUCUUAGAUGCGGUGCCGCGCAGCGUCUGUCUGGCGACGCUGCAGCGCGACCUGGCCAGCAUUGAGGGUGUCAAAUCGGUGCAUCAUCUAAAUGUCUGGCAGCAUACGAGCGAACACAAUGUGCUGAUGGCUCAUCUAGUUGUGGACCUGCUGAGCGACUCGAAUAUGGUGCUGGAGCUGGCAACGCAAUUGGCCUGCGGCAGCAAGUACAACAUCAAACAUGCGACCAUACAAAUCGAACGUUUGACUGAGUAAUUCAAUUAUGAAAUUAGCAAAUAGCUUAAUUAAGUUCUAUUAUUACCUCUAGACAUAAGCGACUACAAAAACAACACCAAUAUAUGUACUGAGCGACCAAAGUCUGUGUGCUGCAGCAUUAUCAAAUGGCACCAUUUUAUGUGAUUAUAUUUGUAUUUGUUAUAAGA